AUUCUCGCAAAGAUGGAAAACAUCAGUUGCUGAUCAUACUAAAAAUCGUCUGCUAAGAUUAUAUGCAAGAAUAAUCACAAUCGACUCAUGCACUCAGUAUCACUCUUAAUAAGCAGUUUAAUCGAAAUUGUCAAAAAAGAUCACGAUGUCACAAGGAAAAGGAGGGAGGAGAAAUCGUGGACGUUAUGAUAAGGACAAAGUCGGUCUUGGUGACAAGGGUAAAGAGGUGAUGGAAAACAUAAAUGAGAACAGUCUCGUAAUACAACAGUUUCGUACAUAUGCAGCUGAACUGGACGCCAAGCAUGAUCGCUAUGAGAGAAUCUUCAAGAUUAAUCGAGAUGUGGGAAUCGAAAGCAAGAGAAUAAUCUUCUUGUUGCACACCAUUGACAAGGAGAGUAAAAAAAAUACUGUGUUGAGUGCAGCCAAGUCGAGGCUCGACAACUUGGUUCAAAAGUUAUUCAAAAAUAUUGCAGAAGAGUUGGAUGGUCAGGAUGCUUAUCAGUUUCAUAGAGCCUACCGUGCCGGCCUAGAAGAAUACGUAGAGGCACUUACAUUCCACGAGUAUUUGCUGAAUGGAGAUAUGCACAAAUGGACCAAGUUGCAGCAGGCCUUGACUUAUUGCAAUAGUCCGACUCCAGCUGAUUCGACAAAUCAAGAUGCUACCAAGACGACACAAGUUAUGGUCACACCGACAGACUAUAUACUAGGGAUAGCCGAUCUGACUGGAGAACUGAUGCGGAAGUGCAUCAAUAACUUGGCGAUAGGUGACAUAAGCAGUUGCUAUCAGACGUGUAACUUUGUUAGGAAGAUAUAUAUAGCUUUCCUGGGAUACACGAGCGUAGCGUACAGCAACGAGAUGAACAAAAAAGUCAUCAUGCUCAAACAGAGUUUGACCAAAAUGGAGAAUGCGUGUUACACUAUCAAAGUACGAGGAUCAGAGAUCCCGAAGCAUAUGCUGGCAGAUGUGGCUAUCGUGGUAGCUGAAGAGUACACCGCCGAGGACGAUGAGGGCUAUCAGGCGUUUUAAUGCGAUACUUAACACGGAUGAUUUUUAUUUAUUAAGAUUUAUUUAUAAUUAAAGACAGAAACAGUUGACAGAAUAUUUUAUAAGUGAAUUAACU